CAGAAAGACAGUCUCUCCUGCAGCACUCACACACACACCGCUGGCUGAGGAUUCUCCAUCUUAUUUCACACAUCUGUAGGCCGUUUUGCGUGACAACCAGUCCGAGUUGCCUCAGGGAGCAGGAGAAUGGACAACAACAUGUGACCGAUCCAUGCACCAUCUCUGACAGCAUGCUUCGCCUUCACCGGACAUUGGCUUUCCUCUGGUGGUGUUUUUUGCUACUUCAAAGGCAGUCAGCGGCUGAUGAAGAAGCGUCCUGGGGAACUAAAGCUACGCCAUCAAGAGAAACCCCACCUGAAAAUAAAUCCAGUUCUUACUGGUUUAAUCCUCUGGCUAGGUUACCACCUUUUACCUUCAGUUUAUCAUCAUUACGAUGGGGUGGAAGCUCGAACAGUAAUGAGGAGGAAGCUGCACUAACCACAACCUCCAAAGGGCUGACAGGAACAAUCGAUCACUUACAAGACCAGUCAGGUUCAGGAGAAGGGAGCAUUUCUGAAACCUCUGAACCACCCACCACUUUGACUCAGGGGCUUUUAACAAGUGUGACAAAGAUAAGAACAGAGAGACUUCCCACUGGGUCAUCAAGCUCUCCACACAGCAGCAUAGCGCAGAGUGACAAUGAUACUCUUGUUUCAGACUCCUACUCUCCCACAACAAGUUCUACCAUAAACACUCUGUUCACAAAAAAUACCGCCAGCACAAAUGCUCCUGAGCAAAAUGCAACACAUACCCACACACCAUUGGACACUGUGCAAGCAACCAGACCCAGCAUGAGCGCCACUGCACAACACCUCCCAACGGAGCACACUGAUAAAAUGGAGGCAGAUGAUGUUUCAGAAAAGAUCUCAUUGACGAUAGCACCAGAAACUACAGUUCCCACUGUCUUGACAUGGGCAACAGCCGAGGCCACAACAGUAAACCCAGCAUUGGUGGAGAUUACGUUGAGCAGACACCCUUUAGGGCCUACCACUCCUUCUACUGCCUCAGAAAACACGUUUGUAACAAAAGAUCAAGACUUGGGUGUUACUCUCAGUGUUGGGGAGACUACAAUGAUAGAAACACACCCCACUCUGAGAGAGGCUGACCUGGGCUUCUCUGAGGCCAGGUCAGGACUGGUGGAGGAACAGCAGGAGGUCAUCACUACUGCAACGUGGAUCGAUGACAAACUGGUGCUGGAAUCCACAACUGAGAGCCUAAAGGUUACCUUCCCAAUAGCAGGAGAGCUGCCAGCUAAAGAGGAUCAGGAGGAUGAGACUGAGGAAGGUGUGGUUCCCUCAGCAGCAGACGAGGAUGGAGAGACGAGGUUGACAAAUAUUUUAACACCAUCUGCCAAGCUGAUAACAACAUCCCUGCUGCGGAGCACAAAAACUCCCCAUAUUCAGAUGACCACCGAAGACUGGAUAACAAACCCAGUGGACAGUGACAUCACCUUCCUUCCAGACUGUAAUAAAGAACACUUUGGGAUCUGCAACAACACGGACACCUGGGACACUACAACUGCCUUGGAUGUGAGAACCACGCUAAACAACACUGCCAUGAAUCAAUCAAACAAUCCCUUUCUGAUCCCAGCUCCACCUAUGUUGGUCCCCCUGUACACUGACUGGAACAGUGCCAUGGCAGCCUGGGGCAUGGCCUGGGAGGUCCAUGUAUACGGCCUUGGUUGCAUCUUUGCUAUGCUAACACUGGCCUCAGCACUCAACCUGCUCUGUCUACCCCUUCGAUGCCCCUCUGGAUGUGGCUACUUUGCUUUGGUCAGCCUGUUCCUCCUAGCUGCCGGUUGUACCAGGUCAUUUUCACUCCUGUACGAUGCCUAUGGCCAUCAGGACCGCUUACCCUCCACAGAGGCCUCACUGAUGCUCUAUGAGGCACCGUUUCCUUGUCUGACUGCAGCAUUUGGUCUAGUUUUUCUUCUGCUCUCCAUGCGCUCAAGAAUGCAACUCUCCUACUCUGCCUUUCAGAGACCCUGCUUCCUGGCCUGCCUGGUUGUACUGCACUUUGCUGCUGCAUUCGGUCCAGUGACAUUACUCAAGUUUUACCAGCAAAAGGCUCCCCUUUGCCUCUUUCUUUCACUGAUCUCUCGUGGAGCUUUUGUUGUCCUAGCAACAUUCCUGUCAGCUGCCUAUUUUGUGUUCUACAUCUAUGUCCGGGCGGAUUCAAAGCACAUCUACCACCUGAACAACACAUCUCCAACACCUGCUGAGCGUUACAAUCGUUGCCCCUUUGCGGAGAGCCGUGACUGGGAUCGUGCAGCUGUCACCGUUUGUAUCUCAGCAUUGUUUUCUUUAGCAUGUGCAGGACUGCAGUUAUAUGCCAUGCUUAAUGCUAUGGGUGUUGCUGGAGGAGAGGAGGUCUUCCACCCUUGGCCAUGGUGGGCUUUUCAGUUUAGCUGCAGACUGUGUGAGUUAGGGGUUUGUCUCACCUUAGCCUUGGUGGUGGCACAACCAGUCUACUGCUCUGACCACCUUCCAGCUGCUGGGAGCUGCUGGACUGAAUUGCUGUCAUCCAAGUCACCCAUCCUGCCUGGAAGCUACCAGUGGACCAUGAGUCAGCAGGAAAAGCUUGCCAUUGUGGACACAGUUGGGCUUGGAGAGACAGAAAGCCUCCCCCUUUACACUCUAAUGGAUGAGAGGCUUGGAAGCAGCCUGAAUGGCCUUGAUCUGCUCUACCACAGCAACCGGGCCUUAGCGUAUCGAGACCUGGACUUAGAUUUAGACUUACGGGGUUUAGAAAAACAUGAGAAUGGAGGAGGUGGUGAACCAUCGGGUGGAUCUUCUUUUACCAGCGACUCCACUACAGACCUGCAUCCACCCUCACCCAUCAACUUGCGUCGCAGCAUAGAUGAGGCACUCUUCAGUGAGGCCCUCUUUCCCAUGAGCCUGUUUGGUCCUGCUAGAUCUAUUCACUGUAGUGACCACUCCAUAAACAACCAUUGUACACUUCCCAGCAAUGGCUUCUGUGAUCCUCUCUCAGUUGACUCUGGCCUUUAUCGGACCUCUUCCUGUGUGGAGAUGGCCCCUAAACCCCAGCCUGUGAGCACUAAAUCUAAAGGAGAGACUGUUGUGGGUGCCCCUCCAUCUCCUUCCCUCUCCUCCUCCUCCACCUGUUCAUCCCCUGAACGUUGGAGGGGAAGCUCCUCCUCCUCCUCCCUCUACCGAACCUCUCUCGGUGGCUCCUCUCUGGUUCUCUGCCCGAGCCCAGAGAGACACGCUCAGCAGGCUCUCCAACAAGGAGGCACAGGUCAGCCAUCAUGCUCCUCCCGCCAGGGUUUUGCUGAUCCACAGCAACACUAUCACACACUGGGUGCAGCUUCACAGGAAAGCCUAGACCUCGACAUGUCGUCUGAGGCUGACCGAUCCGUGCAGGAGGAGUUCAUCAGUGUUUGUAGACAAAUCGAUGCUUUGAGCAUCUGUAGUGAGACUAUUGAUUUAUAAAGGACAGUCUGGUCAAACAAGGGUAAUACUGAGGACUUAUUAAGAAGACUGGCUGCUCUGUGCAGCAUGUAAACAGCUUACUUGAUAGCCUAUUUGAUAGAACAUGGUGGCACCAGAGGUUUUCAUUAUGUGACGUUCACAUCUUAAUGAACAUCUGAAGAAGGCAAGUUAAAGCUGAAAGGGCUGGGGUGGGAGAGGUGGGAGGGCAGUGGUUUCGGAUGUUCUGAAAAUAAAUGGUCAGCUCUUGAAAUUUGGCCUGGACAGUUUCAAUUGUUAACAGUAACCAUUUGUAUGGGGUUGAUAGUCAAAAAUCACUGUUGUUUUUUCAAGUAUAAUUCACAGUCUGUUUUGUAACAGCUGAAAAAGAUGGUAAAUCAAAACUUUACCAGUGCAAACGCAAAUUAAAAAUUACAUGAUAAUGGUGCCAAAAGAGCAAAAAUCCAAUCUUCCAAAGCUUUAUGGCAAUGAAUUCUGUUUCAUAUGUCACACAUGCAAAUGUAAACUUAGAUUAAGAUAACCUUUGGUGUAUAUCAAAAAAAAAAAAAAACAUAGCUGCCUGUUAUUUGGAGGCUUGAUAAGCUUUCAUUUAUGGUCAAUACUGAAUGUUUAUGAGGGUCCAAGUGCCAAGAAUGUCAAGAGCCAAAAGGUAAUUUGUAACUUUUACAUGUUUGAUAAUGGUUGCUGAAGUUUGAUACAGUCAAAAGUACAGUAACAUUUUACUGAGUUGAGAAAAAGCAGGAAUUUAUUUGUACAAAUGUUUUUAUUGCAUUCCAACAUUCCAAUAUAUAGUACUGUGACUGAAUUAAGCACUUAUUAAAUACUACUGAAGUCAUAUGCUCUCAAAUUUACCAGAGUAAUAUUGUUAUUAAAUUCCAUGUUGAAUGGGAUGAAGUUGUGUUUGUUCAAGUUUAAAAUCUACAUACAGUAAGCCACUCAUUUUACUUGGUUAUGGCGCUGUAGUGCCCUCUGCUGGUAAAAUGGACAAAUACGCUAACCUGUCACUACUGUUCAUUAUGUUGUGCUGUUAAGAAAUAACUAAGACAACUAUAACAGACUUACUAAUUUAUUUAUGUUCAAACAUAACUUUGCUCUCACAUUGUUUAAUAAAGUUUGUUUUGUAACAUUUGGCUUUUCUUUUUUUUUUUUUUUUAUACUUAAAGAUUCUCACUGAUACCCCGAAAUGUGACUAUAACUCAAGACAGUAGCCCAUAGAUACUUUGAUUUAUUUAUUAUUCUUUAACAUACUGAACAGCAAAAGCAACUUUUGUGUUGAGUGUUUUACUGUAAACAUGAUCUAAAUUUACUCAAAAUCUCUACUGAAUCUUUUGUGUCCAUCUAAAAAGCAUUUGCUGAUCAUUUUAUUUUUUAAUACAUGGGUUCAGAAGUUACCAGUGUGUUUUGGUAACUGUGGCUGCGUUACGAUACACUAUGGCUAAAAGAGAAAAUGUAAAAUACAAAAAAAA